AUGCCUCCCACCCGCGCUUCAAAUCUUCCCCCCAGUCUACUGAACGGCAUCUUCACCUCCCUCAGCCAACCCUCCCGCCGCUGGUCCCUCCUUCGCACCCUCCAAAGCGACAAUCCCCUCGACAUCAACGGCGAACUCCGCGGCACAGCGUCCUUCCACCCUCUGCGACAUGGCUCCGCCGCCUCCGACCGCCGCGAUGUAGUCUACCGCGAGGAAGGCGAGUUACCGAACACAUUCGGGCCGGGACUACGCUGGACGAAGAAGUACAUCUGGCGGCAGGCGGAGAAUGGGGGGAUAAGCGUUUGGUUUGUGAAGGUGAAGCCGACUGCCAAACAGCCGGAGGUCCAGGAAGAGGAGGACGAGGCGGAUUACCUGUUUCACAACUUUGAUUUUGAAGGGCAGGGGCAGGGGCAGGACGAUGCGGAGACGGUGGACACGAAGGAGCCGACAUUUGUCACGCCGCCGGUGCCGCCGCUCGUUCCCGGAUCGGAAGAGGAUACGGCUGUGAUCAUGGCGAGGGGGAACCAUCUGUGCAUCAAUGAUAUGUAUCGGACUGCGUAUGCGUUCCGGGUACGGCCUGAGUCUGGGGAAGUUGUGAGCUGGUCGAGUCGCCAUGUUGUCAAGGGGCCGAAGAAGAAUCAGGAUAUUGUGAACUUGUAUCGCAUGGAGGGGUAA